UGGCUAAAAACUCUUACUCACUAUACACCUACGGAAUAAAACUCUGUUUUCUUGCAUUUAAUCAUUUCUUGCCUAAUACUUACUUCAAAAAACAAAACCCUAAAAGGGAUUGAUUCGCCGCCAGAAUUUCUUCUCUCCUCUCCCCAUUUAACCUUCAUCACCUCUCUCAUUAGCUCACAGUUUUCUUUACCUGUUCUAUGUUGAGAAAAAAGAACUUUCUUGGAGUUUAAUUAGUCAAAGAUUCUAUUUUUAUCAACAUAAAAGGGUCCAAUUUUCAGCUUGUACAUGUGGGUUUUUGUAUUUUUAAGGUUUAUAUGAUAAAGUUUUGGUUCUUUUACCUUUCUUGGGUUGCUAGGUUUUGUGGGUACUGAUUGUUUUUGUUCUAGAAUUGAGUAUAUAAUUGGUCUUUGAUCAUGGAGCUUUCUUGGUGCUAUUUUAUUUGAUCAAAGUUUUGAUUUUUAUGAGCUGAAAGCUUUGAUUUUGAGGUUGUACAAGUGGGGUUUUGUAGUUUUAAGGUUUAUGUGAAUCUUUCUUUUUAAAAACCUUUCUUGGGUUGCUAGGUCUUGUGCGUAUUGAUUAUACUUGUUGUGUAAUGAGGGUAUACAUAAUUGUUCUUUGAUCAUGGAGCUUUCUUGGAAUUAUAUUUGAUCAAAGAUUGGGUUUUUAAGAGCUUAUAGCUUUGAUUUUGAGGUUGUGCACGUGGGGUUUUGUAGUUUUUAAGGUUUAUAUAUAUGCCAAAGUUUUGGUUUUGAAUAGCUUUCUUGGGUUGUUAAGGCUUGUGGGUAUUGAUUAUAUUUGUUGUGGAAUGAGUGAGUGAAGAUGGUAUCUGAAUUGGGUAGGAGACCGAUGAUUGGGAACAAUGAAAAUACAUUUGGAGAUGAGUUUGAGAAAGAGAUUGGGAUGUUACUUCAUGAUCAGCGAAGACAAGAUGCUGACGAUCGUGAAAAGGAGCUGAAUAUGUAUAGAAGUGGCUCGGCUCCACCUACUGUUGAGGGUUCAUUGAGUGCAGUGGGUGGAUUGUUUAACAAUAAUGGUUUCAUGUCUGAGGAGGAGCUUAGGUCUGAUCCUGCUUACUUAUCUUACUAUUACUCCAACGUAAACCUUAAUCCUAGGUUGCCUCCUCCACUUUUGUCCAAAGAAGAUUGGCGGUUUUCACAGAGGUUGCAAGGAGGGAGCUCCGCUAUUGGUGAUAGGAGGAACGUAAACAAGAAUGAUAAUAAUGGUAAUGGUAGGAGGUCACCCAUGCCUCCAGGAUUUAACUCAAAAAAAGCGGAGAGCGAGAAUGAAACGGAUAAAUUGCAGGGUUCAGUGGAAUGGGGUGGUGAUGGGCUGAUUGGUUUGCCAGGACUAGGACUAGGUAGUAAAAAGAAGAGCAUUGCUGAAAUAUUCCAGGAUGACUUCAGCCGUGUGUCACCUGCUCCUGGUCACCCUUCACGGCCAGCUAGCCGAAAUGCUUUUGACAGAAGUGGUGAUGCAGCAGAAGCUGAGCUUUCUCAUCUUCGUCACGAGUUUUCUUCUUCAAAACCUUUAAGGUCUGCAUCAAGCACUCAAAUCCCAUCCGAUGAGGUGGCUGCUUCCUAUUCAUAUGCUGCUGCUUUGUCAAGAAGUACCACUCCUGAUCCCCAACACAUUGCGAGGGCUCCUAGUCCUUGCCUUACUCCUAUUGGUGGAGGGAGGGUAGUCAAUUCAGAAAAGAGAAGUGUUAAUAGUCCAACUGAGUCUCCAGAGCUUGUUGCUUCUUUUUCUGGCAUGAAUCUAUCUAAUGGUGGGCAGAAUAACACAAAGCAGCAUGAAUUCUUGAAGCAAUCUGAAUCCCCACAGUUCAAUAGGGCUUCUACUGCUCAGUCUGCAAAAGUACCAUAUUCUGUCGGCUCAGACCUUAAUAGUUCUAACCCCCAAGCUGUUUUCUCCAAUAGUUCAUACCUCAAAGGAUCGGGAUUGAAUAGUGGAGGUGGCGUACUUCCUCAGUAUCCACAUUUGGAUAGUCCAAAUUCAUCUUUUUCUAAUUAUGGUUUAAGUGGUCAUUCUCUCAGUCCAAUGUCAAGCCAUCUUGGCAACUAUAAUUUGCCACCUUUAUUUGGAAAUGCUGCUGCUGCAUCAGCUAUGGCUGUACCUGGAUUGGACUCUCGGAUGUUGGGGGGAUCUAAUUUGAGCGCAGCAACCUCAGAGCAUAAUCUCAGUAGAAUGGGAAAUCAAAUGGGUGGACCGUCAUUCAUGGACCCUAUGUAUCUUCAGUACUUGACAGCUGAAUAUGUUGCUGCUCUAAACGAUCCUUCCUUGGAUAGGAACUACAUGGGAAAUUCGUAUAUAGACUUGCUUCAGAAAGCUUAUCUUGGUAAUGUUGUACCUCAGAAAUCUCAGUAUGGAGUCAAAAGCAGUGGUUCAGGUCAUCAUGGCUAUUAUGGAAAUCCUGCGUUUGGAGUUGGUUUGUCAUAUCCUGGAAGUCCUUUAGCAAGUCCUGUCAUCCCAGGCUCUCCAGUGGGACCCGGUAGUCCUAUGAGGCAUAGUGAUUAUAAUAAUAUGAGACGAAUGAGAAACAUAGCUGCUGCAGGUGUCAUAGGACCAUAUCACUUGGAUGCUAUGGAAAACAGCUUAGCGUCCUCCCUACUGGAAGAGUUCAAAAGCAACAAGACCAGGUGUUUUGAACUUUCAGAAAUUGCAGGCCACGUUGUUGAGUUUAGUGCCGACCAGUAUGGGAGCCGAUUCAUUCAGCAAAAGCUGGAAACUGCCACCACUGAGGAGAAAAACAUGGUGUUUCAGGAAAUUUUUCCCCAAGCUCUUACUUUGAUGACUGAUGUCUUUGGAAAUUACGUAAUCCAGAAGUUUUUUGAACAUGGAAUGGCAUCUCAGAGGAGAGAAUUAGCUGGCAAGCUCUUUGGGCAUGUAUUAACACUGAGCCUUCAAAUGUAUGGUUGUCGCGUCAUACAGAAGGCAAUAGAAGUAGUCGACGUGGACCAGAAGAUUGAAAUGGUUGAGGAGCUUGAUGGUAAUAUCAUGCGUUGUGUAAGAGAUCAGAAUGGGAAUCACGUUAUUCAGAAGUGUAUUGAAUGUGUACCAGAAGAUCACAUUCAAUUUAUCGUCUCGACAUUUUUUGGACAAGUUAUUACUCUCUCCACCCAUCCAUAUGGCUGUCGAGUAAUACAGAGAGUAUUGGAACAUUGUAGUGAUCCAGAAACCCAAAGUAAAGUGAUGGAAGAAAUCCUGGGAUCUGUUAGCAUGUUGGCACAAGAUCAGUAUGGUAAUUAUGUUGUUCAGCAUGUACUGGAGCACGGGAAGCCGCAUGAGCGCUCUACCAUAAUUCAGGAACUAGCUGGGAAGAUUGUGCAAAUGAGCCAGCAGAAGUUUGCCUCUAAUGUUGUAGAGAAGUGUUUAACUUAUUGUAAUUCCAGCGAACGACAGCUACUGGUGAAUGAGAUGCUUGGUACGACUGAUGAAAAUGAGCCUCUUCAGGCUAUGAUGAAAGAUCAGUUUGCGAAUUACGUUGUACAGAAAGUUUUGGAAACUUGUAGCGAUCAGCAACGUGAGCUGAUCAUGUCGAGGAUAAGAGUUCACUUGAAUGCUCUGAAGAAAUACACUUACGGAAAGCAUAUUGUUGCUCGUAUUGAAAAACUUGUUGCUGCUGGGGAAAGAAGAAUUGCUGCUCAGUCCCUAAGUCCUGCUUAGUCUUGUAGGAAAGAAAGUUGUACAGCUAACUGAGGCUAGUUUGAGCUACCUAUCUUUCUUUUCUCCUACAUCUAGUGUUUUUAACUCCAUACAUGUCUUCAAAGGUAUGGAGUAAAUUGCAAAUAAAGUUGUUGCAUGUACUAGAGAACUGUAAAUUGUGUAGUUAAAACAUAAAAUCAGGUAUGCUGAAGCUUAGAUGUCAUAUAUUCGAGAUCGGCUGUGCGGAGGAAGUCUCGUCUCCAAAGGGUGUAAAAAAUUUAUCAGACGACGAGGCAGUUUAUUGUACAAAUGUUGCCAUGUGGAGAGUUGAUGUUUAGGUGGUCAGAAUUUCCAUGUAUGGGAUUUGACAAUUUUCUUUUAUGGUUAAGUGUAUUUUCCUUUAUCUCA